AUGGCUUGUUGGGGUAUUGGUGGUGAGGAGAAGAGCAGAGAGGAACAGAGGAUUCCCCACUGGUUCAAUUGUGUUUUUGAUGGUCAUCAUCAUCAAGAGUCUCAAAAAGAUCGUAAAGUUUGCGUGUUCUUUCCCCCGUUUUUCUAUGGCUUCCGAUGGCUGAGGCCCGAGGUGUAUCCACUUUUUGCAGCCGUAGGCGUUGCUGUAGGGAUCUGUGGAAUGCAAUAUAUGCACCAACCAGAAAACAGGGCAGCAGGAGUGCUGGAUAAUUUUUCAGAAGGGGAGAAAUAUGCAGAGCAUGCUCUAAGGAAGUUUGUUCGAAACAAGUCUCCGGAGAUUAUGCCAUCAAUCAACGGUUUCUUCAGCGAUCCAAACUAAUGCCCUAGUCAAGUUUAAUAUGGAUUAUAACAUCAUUAUUCUUUGUCCUCUUCUUUUCCAUUGAAUGAGAUAGACAUGAAAUGCAUUUUUCUGGCCUGCGAUGGGCCUAAAAGAUAUUGAAAGAAACUUGAAUAAAUGUAAUCAGAACCACAAGUUCCUCCCUUUUGACAGGGCACAUCUUUUCAUAUACUAUUGAACUGUUGUUUUCCGGAAGAAAAAUCCAUUUACUUUCA